CGCUCUACCUGACAAUCGAACAUGAAAACGUCUUACUGUGAGGGGACAACGCUACCGCAACAUGUAGCGAUUCAGCAGUAAAAAUCCCAUAUCCUCGCUCGCAAAUUGUCCGAGAAACAACAUUUUGCGUAUACUACGUCUUCAGCCUUUUCAACCUACCAAUUCCUUCUCGCCUUCUGGUUUCUUCUUUACGAGUACAAACUCCUGUGAUUCGCCAAGUCUUGCCCACGUGGCUCAUUGUGUCUGGUUACUAGGGAGACGGGGAAGCUUCUACUCAGAGUCAUAACCGAGUGGGGAAACUUGUAAAAAGUUGGUGACUACAUUAACAGGAGUUUGCUUAAUUGAAAGACAUUGGUCUUGACAGAGGUUUCUCUGAAAGAAUGUAUAGUCUGUUUGUGACACCACGGAGGGUGGCCCCUAGUGCGGCAGCAUCAUAUCAGCUUCGGAGGAGUAGCUUUGGAUCAGAGGUUUCUGAAGAUUUGCCUGUAUUAGAACCUUCUACUGAUGGACACCUUCAGCUCUUGCAAGUCAUAGACUGCGGGUCUGAAGUUAUGUGCUGUCGCUUUAACAAAGAAGGCACCUUAUUGGCUGUCGGUCUGAUGAAUGGAAACAUUAAGAUUUACCAAAGGUCUGAUGGUGCAUGUGUCUAUCAUCUUAGUGACGAAGACACCAUUAACUCGGGACUGCCAGUAACACAGCUUCAGUUUCUUCCACAAGCCCCAGCCCUUACUGGGGAUAUCAUCGCGGCCUCUUAUGCAAGUGGUUAUGUGAAGUUUUGGCAUGUUUCUACCCAGUCAUGUUUAUCCACAGUUCUGGAGGACAGACAGACCUUCACAGUGGCAUUUAAUUCUUCAGGAACCCGCUUCACUACUGCAGGAUCUUCCACUAGAAUCUAUGUCUAUGAUACUGAAACAAAGGAGACUAUUAAUGUUUGCCAGCCAAGCCCUUCGAGUACAGUGAUGAAUGGCCACCGCUUCCAUGUUUUUGCUGUGACAUUUCACCCAGACUACGAUGAUUGCUUUAUAUCUGGAGGUUGGGAUGACACAGUCCAGUUCUGGAAUGUCAACAACCAGCACUCUGUAAGGAAAUUGUUUGGUCCCCAUGUGUGCGGAGAUGCUCUACAGAUUGACCCCACGACCAAUCAGAUUUUGACUGGCUCUUGGCGGAAGGAUAAUGCUUUACAGAUCUGGGAUUAUGAAACAGGAGCGAAGACUCAUGAAGUGCCAAAUGACGUUCGUGGACACAGCUUGAUUUACAGUUGCCGCUGGGUUGGAGAUUACAUAGCUGUAGGAGGAACACGCUUCAACAUGUUUCGACUUAUUGAUAAGCAUUCCCUGAUGACAAAAGGAUGUUUGAUUAACCUGCCUCAAGGGGUUUACAGCAUUGAUGUGAUCGAAUCAGAGUAUGCACGGCCAAUCAUUGCUGUCAGCUCACGAAAUGAAAUUUAUAUGGUGGAGAAGACAAGUGGAACCAACUGAAAAGAGCAUGAACAGAAACUGAAGGAAUGAACCACAGUUACAAGAUCGCAGAGCAGUGUACCACCAUCAGAAGUAACUGACCUAGAUGCUUUUCUGCGCAGUCAGGGUUAAUUAUUGUUAAGUUUCUAUACAUGAAGCCUGUAAUUGGUCAUAUCCCUGAUUCUGAAUUGACAAUGCAACUCUUAAUGUGACAGAUCAUUCCGGGAAUAAAGAGUGUUAGAGAAUUGGUGUGCUUCCCUUUCAGAAGUGAAGCAUAGCAGGCUAUUUAAAAAUAUGUUAUCUACGCUGAGAUCUGUUUGGAAUAGUGCAGUAUUGUGCUCAUAGUGACAGGAAGAUUUUACAGCACCUGCUGCUGUUUUUGAAAGGAUGUUAUUUGGAACUGGAUAUGUUCCUUCUUUUUACUUUACGCAUAUUUUCCUUAGAUAAGUCUGUAUUGUUAUGACAGUCUCCAUUUACUGCAUUGGUUUCUUUUUCUGAGAGUGUUCAUUUAGUUCUGCAGAGUAAUACUAAGGGUAUAGUAGUGUCCUGCAGCUAAUCUGAACCUGGAGGUCAUACCCCUCAACCUCUUAGAGUAAGAAAUCUGGAGAAAGCCACACGUAAUGUGGGAAAAGGACCAAAAAUAGGUAUUUUUUAAAUAUUCCUCUUACAAACUUGGAAAGUUGAUAGAAAAACAGGUAUUGCAUUAGCAUGAUUUUUUCUGAAGGACAAGAAGUCUGAGACUCAAUGGCCUGCCAUUAUAUUCUGACUUCAUGUCUCAAUAAUUUUCCAGUGGCUUGCCAGAAAACCAUAGUUUUGUGAGAAAUAGCCCAAAACUUUGAGGCACAAAUCUGUACAUUCUGUGAAAAUUUGGACAGUUGAGAGGUAUGAUGGAGGUUCUCUGUCACUGGGUAAAAAGUUGAAGGCCCUAACAUUUCCAUAUUGUUGUACUGACUAAAUUCUACCAGCAUUACUGUUCAUGUGCAUUACAAGCAAAAUAAUUUAGUGGCAGACUGCGUCUCUGACACACACACACACACACACAUAUAUAUAUUUUAUUUAAUUUUGAUAGAGGAUCCUAAUCCUAAGCAUCUUAUUCUGUACUCACAUGGGAAAUAUUAAUAUGAAAUUUAUGAAAAAUGUAUUCAUUGUUUUUAUUUCUCCUUCUCAGUUUCAAUAAAAAAAUCUUAACAGUU